CGGCCCGUGUUGUCGUCUGCCAGCGAGUGGGGCCACGCCGGCCGGUCGCGCCGUCACCUGUCAGCGUCGUGUAAACUCGGCGUCGCUCCUCAGGGCACGUGGUCCGCGUCCAGCGCGCCGCGACCGAUCGAACGACAGUCGAUUUCGAUUCGGCCAGGUGACCUCUCUGGCACAAUUCGUGUGUGAUUACCGCCGUGCAACUGCUGCUUAGUUUCCGAUCUUGUGGAUAUUCUCGCGUCGCCGGCGCCAUGCGUGGAUGACCGGCAAGCGCACCCGCAGCUUCAAAUGCGCGGUGCACCACCGGGACCGCGAGGUGUGCAGCGAGAACGACUUCCACGUGCUGGUGCAUGAGCCGCCCGUCUUCCGCAGGAUGGUGCGCAUCAUCGCGGACGAGUUCCUGACGGAGGAGCGGGACCGGAAGUACUACGCCGAUCACUACACGUGCUGCCCGCCGCCCCUCUUCAUCCUGCUCAUCACGCUCAUAGAGCUGGGCUUCUUCACGUACUACUCGGUGGCGAUGGGCGAAGUCAACCCGUCCGGGCCGGUGCCCAUCGACAGCGUGUUCAUCUACCGGCCUGACAAGAGGCUCGAGGUCUGGCGGUUCCUGUUCUACAUGGUGCUGCACGCCGGAUGGCUGCACUUAAUAUUUAACCUCCUCGUGCAAGUUCUUGUCGGCCUGCCAUUAGAGAUGGUUCAUGGAUCCUUGAGGAUAGGGGCAGUAUACAUGGCAGGUGUUCUAGCAGGUUCACUAGGCACAUCAGUGUUCGACCCUGAUGUGUACCUUGUGGGAGCAUCAGGCGGUGUAUAUGCACUGUUAGCAGCUCAUCUUGCCAAUGUCCUCCUGAACUACAAUAACAUGGAGUUCGGAAUUGUUAGAUUAAUUGGAAUAUUUUUUGUUGCAAGUGCUGAUGUUGGAUUUGCUGUUUAUGAUCGUUACGCUGCUGAAACAUUGGCACCACCUGUGUCGUAUGUUGCACACUUAACGGGAGCUCUAGCUGGCCUAACAAUUGGGCUCUUAGUCCUGAAAAACUUUGAGCAGAAACUCCACGAACAGCUUAUGUGGUGGGUGGCGCUCGGUGUGUAUGCGGCAUGCACAUUGUUCGCCAUCCUUUUCAAUGUGUUCAAUCCUAGUUAUCCGUGAGCAGAUGUGACACUCCUGCCCUUUAGAAGUCUCAGGAAUUACUUUAACAGAAAAGAGUUUGACAGUGACAGCUGUGGAAAAAAAAAAAAAAAAAAAAAACUUUGCUUGCGUAGAUGUACCGUGUGCAUCAUUACUGUGGGAAUGGACACUUCAA